AUGAGUGAGAGAGACAUCACAACAUUGAAUGAUAGACUACUGAGGGCUGCGGAGACCGAGUCACGUGAUGAGGUUGAAAGUCUAUUGGAUCUAGGAGCUGAAGUGAAUGCGUGUGAUAAUGGAUGGACUGUACUGAUAAUAGCUUGUUGGAAUGGCUCCAAGUCAUUAGUUGAGCUUUUGUUGUCUAGAGGGGCAGACAUCAACAGAACUGAUUUUCUGGGUGACACUGCUCUAAUGAAAGCAGCAUGGCGGGGUUAUGAUGAAAUAGUUGAUGCUCUAUUAACAGCAGGAGCCAAUGCUGAACAGAAGAAUGUGAGUGGUAGGACUGCAUUUGAUUUGGCUAUGAGUCGGGGUCACUUGUCUACAGCUGGUCGGUUGGUGUUGGCAAGUAAAAGAGUUGAAGAUCUUACAGUUGAGACUGGUCCUCUCGUGUUCCAUUGGGCAUGUAAGAACAAGAGAGUUGAUGUUGCAAGAAAUAUUGUGGAACAUCACGGAACAGAAUGGAAGGACGACGAUGGUCGUGAUGCAUUGGAUAUUGUGGCUGUGUAUGGCAACGUGGACAUUGCUGACAUCAUCCUGAAGAGAAGACUGGCACACGGCAAUGAUGUGGAAACGACUGUUUCUAUGUCAAUGGAAGAUGUUGCAGUGGAGACUCGAUGUGUCGUGUUACACUGGGCACACAAGAACAGUAGAGUGGAUGUGAUAAGAAAGAUUGUGGAGCAGGGAACAGAAGUGAAGGACAGAUUUGGACGAAGUUUACUUCACUAUGCUGCUGAUCAUGGCAACUGUGAUGUGGUUGAUGUUCUGUUGAGCAACAAGGCAGAUGCUGAUGCUACAGACAAGUAUAGGAAGAGACCUUUUGAUUUGGCUAUGCAUAAUAGUCACUUGUCUACAGCUGGUCGGUUGGUGUUGGCAGGUGAAAGAGUUGAAGAUCUUACAGUUGAGACUCGUCCUCUUGUGUUCCUUUGGGCAUGUAAGAACAAGAGAGUUGAUGUUGCAAGAAAUAUUGUGGAACAUCACGGAACAGAAUGGAAGGACGACUAUGGUCGUGAUGCAUUGGAUAUUGUGGCUGUUUAUGACAACGUGGACAUUGCUGACAUCAUCCUGAAGAGAAGACUGGCACACGGCAAUGAUGUGGAAACGACUGUUUCUAUGUCAAUGGAAGAUGUUGCAGUCGAGACUCGAUGUGUCGUGUUACACUGGGCACACAAGAACAGUAGAGUGGAUGUGAUAAGAAAGAUUGUGGAACAGGGAACAGAAGUGAAGGACGGAUUUGGACGAAGUUUACUUCACUAUGCUGCUGAUCAUGGCAACUGUGAUGUGGUUGAUGUUCUGUUGAGCAAGAAGGCAGAUGCUGAUGCUACAGACAAGUAUGGCAAGAAGCCUUUUGAUUUUGCUGUGAGAAGAGGUCACAUGUCAACAGCUAAUCGGUUGUUAUCAAUAAUGCAGUCAGUUGAAGAUGUUGCAUUAGAGAAUGUGUGGAAGCUGCUGCAGUGGGCAUGUAGGAAUGAAGUGGAUGUUGCAAGAAAGAUUGCAGAGAAGUUUUGUCAAUCAGUGGAGAAGGAGUCUGGUCGCACUUUACUUCACUUUGCUGCUGAACUUGAUCAUCGUGAGGCAGUGGAGUGUCUGUUGGAGAAGAAUGCUGAUGCAGAUGCUAAAGAUAAGGAUGGCAAGAAGCCUUUUGAUUUUGCUGUGAUAAGAGGUCGCAUGUCAACAGCUAAUCGGUUGUUUUCAAUAAUGCAGUCAGUUGAAGAUGUUGCAUUAUGGAAUGUGUGUAAGCUGCUGCAGUGGGCAUGUAGUAAUGAAGUGGAUGUUGCAAGAAAGAUUGCAGAGAAGUUUUGUCAAUCUGUGGAGAAGGAGUCUGGUCGCACUUUACUUCACUUUGCUGCUUUACUUGAUCAUCGUGAGGCAGUGGAGUGUCUGUUGGAGAAGAAGGCUGAUGCAGAUGCUAAAGAUAAGGUAAACAAUAUUAUGAACUUUAUGGUAGGAUAUUUAUGUAUAGGUUUAAUAUAGACUGUUGGUUAGACG